UUCCCUAAUUAUUUCUCACGUUGGCUUCGGUCUUCGGGAACAAGUGCAGACAAUCUCUCUCCUCUCUCUCCGUGAUCGGAAUUGUGAUACAGAGCAGAACCGUUGCUCGAAGCCCUAGUAUAAGAUGUUCCCACAAUUCGGCGCCACUGCAGAGUCACUGAGCAAGGCAUCGACCAUGGUGUUUCGGAUCGGUACGGACGCUCACCUAUACGACGAUCCCGAAGACGUCAACAUUGCUCCUCUACUCGACAGCAAAUUCGACUCCGAAAAAUGCGAAGCUCUCAAGCGAUUGCUCGCUCUCAUCGCCCAGGGCUUCGACGUUGCCAAUUUCUUCCCCCAGGUUGUCAAAAAUGUGGCGUCUCAGUCACUGGAAGUAAAGAAGCUGGUUUAUUUGUACCUGCUGCACUAUGCUGAAAAGCGUCCAAAUGAAGCAUUGCUAUCAAUUAACUAUUUUCAGAAGGACCUGGGUGAUCCAAAUCCUUUGGUCCGCGCAUGGGCUCUCCGUGCCAUGGCAGGGAUCCGUCUACAUGUAAUCGCACCUCUAGUUCUGGUGGCUGUGGGAAAAUGUGCUAGAGAUCCAUCUGUAUAUGUUAGAAAAUGUGCUGCCAAUGCCCUCCCCAAGUUGCAUGAUCUGCGCCUGGAGGACAGCAUUACGGAAAUUGAAGAGAUGGUUGGAAUAUUGUUGAAUGACAAUUCUCCUGGAGUAGUUGGACCUGCUGCUGCUGCAUUUGCUUCAGUUUGUCCAAAUAAUCUGUCUCUGAUUGGACGAAAUUAUAUAAGAUUAUGUGAGACUCUUCCUGAUGUGGAGGAGUGGGGUCAGAUUGUCUUAAUUGGGAUCCUUUUGCGUUAUGUAAUUGCAAGGCAUGGGCUUGUGAAAGAAUCCAUUAUGCUAUCUUCUUGUGCUACUGUGACUUACCAUUCUGAAAAUGAUGAUCCAGAUACUAACUUUGAAUUAAAAGAAAACAGGAGCAACAAAGGAAGUGGCACUUAUGAGUCUGAAUUAGCAGAAAUGGUCUCCAGGAGUUACCUUGAAGGACCAGAGAAAUAUUUAUCACGGUCAAGUCAUGCAGACAGGGGUUUCUUUGGAUUGAAUCUUUCAAGUUUUACCUCUUCCAAAAGCAAUUCUGAUGUGAAAAUCCUGCUGCAGUGUACAUUGCCUUUGCUAUGGAGUCAUAAUAGUGCUGUGGUACUUGCAGCUGCAGGGGUGCACUGGAUUAUGGCACCAAGGGAGGAUGUCAAAAGAAUUGUUAAACCACUUCUGUUCAUUUUGAGAUCAUCUAAUGCCUCAAAAUAUGUGGUCCUCUGCAACAUUCAAGUGUUUGCUAAAGCGAUGCCUUGCCUUUUUUCUCCUUAUUUUGAAGACUUCUUUAUAUGUUCUUCAGAUCUGUAUCAAAUAAAAGCUUUGAAACUUGAAAUAUUGUCUUCCAUCGCUAUAGAUUCAUCAAUCUUGGUGAUUUUUCAAGAGUUCCAGGAUUACAUCAGAGAUCCAGACAGAAGGUUCGCUGCUGAUACUGUUGCUGCAAUUGGCUUGUGUGGGCGACGACUUCCAAAAGUAGCAAACAUGUGUUUGGAAGGGCUAUUGGCUCUGACUAGACAGGAAUUGUUAAAUAGUGACAUUGGGUCUGUCGAUGGAGAGGCGGGCGUUUUAGUUCAAGCACUAAUAUCCAUUAGAGCAAUCAUAAAUCUUGAUCCUCCUUGUCAUGAGAAGGUAAUUAUUCAAUUAGUUCGAGGUUUGGAGUUGAUCAAGGUGCCUGCUGCCCGUGCUAUGAUAAUUUGGAUGGUGGGAGAGUACAAUUCCAUUGGGGACAUUAUUCCCAGGAUGUUGCCCACAGUACUCAAAUAUCUGGCUUGGUGUUUUACUUCAGAAGCAGUUGAAGCAAAACUCCAGAUUCUUAAUACUGCUAUCAAGGUCCUGUUAUGUGCUAAAGGGGAAGAUAUGUGGACAUUCAAAAGAAUCUUAAGCUAUGUGCUUGAACUUGCCAAAUGUGACUUGAGCUAUGAUGUCCGCGACAGGGCUCGCACUCUGAAGAAACUUCUAUCAUGCCAUAUAGGUUCUCAUGAUCUGGACAAAGAAGCAAAAGGUCUACCAGAAAAUAAGCACCUGCAAACUGUAGUUGCCGACUUCUUUUUUAGGGGACAAACAAAACCAUUACCUGAACCCAUUAAUUAUCGAUUUUAUCUUCCUGGUUCUCUUUCACAGAUGGUUUUUCAUGCAGCACCAGGGUAUGAACCUCUCCCUAACCCGUGUAGUUUGAGCUGCGAUGAACUUGGUUGCAGCUCGAAUGAUGUUCAAGGAAUAAAAGCAUUGAGGGAAGAAGCCACCAAUAGUGACUCAGUUGGAGUGGAUGGUCCAGACACUGUAUCUGGAUCAUUAAAUGAGGAAAGCACUUCUGAUUAUAGUUCUCAAGAUUCUAUUACUGGUUCAAGUGACAGUGCUGGUGGUGGUAAUGAGAUUGGGUCUGUGAGUGAAACUGAUGAUAAUGCUGAUCCAUUGAUUCAUUUUUCAGAUGUCAGUAAUGCUUGUACAAAUCAGAAUGGAGGUUUGCAGGAUAAUAAUGCUCAGUCUAGAUUGGAUGAUUUUGGGGAAUUGAUGUCCAAAAAGGCUCUUGAAUCUUGGUUGGAAGAGCACCCGAGCCAGAAUUCAUCUGAACUAAGUCAUGUCCAGAGAUCUUCAGCAAGGAUAUCUAUUGGGGAUAUUAGUGGCAGAGUCAAACUUAAAUCCCAUACACUCUUAGAUCCUGCCAUUGGAAAUGGCUUAAAUGUGGAUUAUACUUUUUCGUCUGAGAUUUCAAGUGUAUCCCCACUGCUUGUAUGUGUUGAAGUCUCCUUCAAGAACUGUUCGACGGAGCCUAUGUCAAAAUUAUUAUUGGUAGAUGAGGAAUCUAGCAAAGGUCUAGAUUCUGCAGAACAAGCACUGGCAUCAUCUGGGAGUCCCUUGACAACUCACAAGGAUGGGCCAACUGUCGUUCCCAUGGAAGAGAUUAGUUCCCUAGAUGCUGGUCAGAGUACAAAAAGAAUCCUCCAGGUUCGCUUCCAUCACCAUCUUUUACCACUGAAGUUGGAUUUGUGGUGCAAUGGCAAGAAGCAUCCUGUUAAAUUGCGGCCUGACAUUGGAUAUUUUGUAAAACCUCUUCCUAUGGACAUUGAACUGUUCAUGAGCAAGGAAUCUCAACUCCCUGGAAUGUUUGAAUACAUAAGGAGUUGUACAUUCUCUGACCAUAUUGGGGAGCUGAAAAAUGAGAAGGGUGAUAGCUCAAUACUAAAAGACAAGUUUCUUGCAAUUUGCGAGAGCCUAGCAUUAAAGAUGCUCAGUAAUGCAAAUCUUUUUCUCGUGUCUGUGGACAUGCCCGUUGCUGCCAAUGAUGCAUCAGGUUUGCGCUUCCGGUUCAGCAGUGGCAGAUCUUGAGCAAACUCAAACCCUUGCUUAAUCACUGUUACUGUUAAAGGUAAAUGCUCUGAACCACUGAGUGUGUCUGUCAAAGUCAAUUGUGAAGAAACUGUUUUUGGCUUAAAUCUGUUGAAUAGGAUUGUGAAUUUCUUAGCUGAGCCUGGUCUGACACAAUCAUGAUUCGGAAGGGUUAAUCUCUGGUAGUUAUCACGUUUCAGGAUGUAACUUUAAUUGCACCUUCAUAAGUGUGAAACUAUGCAGCAGUUCACAGCGCAUGUAUUUUAUUGUAAUAUACUUUUCUUGAUGUGUGACAUGGGAAGUUUUCUUAUUUGGA